AUGAACGAUUUCGACUAUUUAGUCGUGAAAUAUUUGCAUCAAAAGCAUACAUGUGAUUUGCUUUCGGAACGAUUCACCACUCUCAGAACUAUAUGCCAUCAGAACGAAAGUCUAAUGGAUUACACAAAUAAGGGACGUGAAGUUAUUGGAUAUCAGAAUGGAUUGACGCUUGAUUUUCAAAAUUGGAGCGAUUUCUUGAAGUCGGAAAAAGAUAAUUUACCUAACUUGGAGGAAAAAUUGAAGAUAUAUAAAGAAAAUACUAACGUUAUUGAGAAGCAAUAUUUCAAUUUGAUGAAUGGAGAUAUUAAGAAUAAUAUUGAAGUAAUGAAAAAGUGUCUAGCGAAAGGAAAGUACGAUUACUAUAAUUUGAUGGACUCUUUGUAUGAUCGAAUUUCUUACAACAGCAAUCUGUCACAGAUGAUUUUGUCUUUCAAAAGUUGUUUAACUUUUCCUAACACGGGAUACACAAAUGGAAAGCAUUCGUAUGGAUUUUCGUUUCUAAAACUUCCAUUGGUGGCUAGGGACCAUGUUAUUCGAAUGAUGAGCUUUGUUGAAUUAAUUCAACUUUCUCGGUGCUCCGAAAAAACGAAGUCGAUAAUAUACUCUUUGAGCUUCCCGAAUAUUUUGAGUUUGGAUUUGGUAUUCCGAAAACGGCAAAACAUUAUCACUCCAGAUUGGAAUGAAUACAAACUUUGUUUAAAACUAAAAAACAGCUCAACUUUCAACAUAAUCGUGUCAAAUAGGCAUCAAGAAGAUGGAUCAAGUAGAUCAUUCGAUGACAGUCGGUUAGGGUAUAGACGUGUUGAGAUACUUGAACUCAAAAAAUCAAUCAAUAUUGUUUGUGAAAAUGGAACGUUUUCUUUUUUCAUUUAUUUGGUGGAUUUCUUGACAGAUGUUCUCAGGAUGACGAUCAACAAUGUCUACAUUGAUUUGAGGACGUUGUGUUCGACACAACUUCAUUCAUUUUUCUGUUGGAAAUCAGCGAAGUUGAUUAAAAACCUUUUGAUUGAAAAUGGAAGAGUUCGGAGUGAAACUUUAACGUAUAUUUUCAAGAGCCUUUCUUCCCUGAAGUCACUGCAUUUUUCUUGUGGAUUGGAAGCAGCAAAACUUUCAUCACCGUUGAUUGUUGCUGGAUGUGUGAAAAUGUUUGAUGGAAGGUGGAUGACAGGUGAUGCACUCCUCAAGAUUUACUGUGAAGAGUUGCUGAUUUAUUUCAACAAACUCACUUGCACGGAUAUCAAUUUGUUCAUCAAGAAUUGGAUAAACAGUAAUGAUACCACAUUGAGAGUGAUUCAAGUAGCUGGAUCACACGGAAAUGAUACAGAAACUCUUUUUCGAGGAAUAGAAGAUUUGUUGAAGCCAUGGAACAAGUCUGAACGGGGACCAAUUUUCGAAACUCAAGCAUACGUAUUGGAUUGUCAAAAUGGGUUGGAUAUUCAGAGAAGUGAUGGACUAAUUGCCACUUUAUGUGUGGAUGAAAGUGUUUUCUCAUUCGUUGUUUGGCAUGAUAGAUUUCCCCAAGUAACCAAGCAGCUUCCGUCACCAGAAAAAAGUAUACUAGUUCAGUUUUUGGCAGCUUUUCUUAGAUCUACAGAGUGGUAUCAAGUCGUAGAAAAUUAA